UAUGGACUUGUGACUCUCCAAUUUUUUCCCAAGCUCUUUUUUCUCUUUCUCUUUGUCUUUUUUCUUCCGGCGUGUGUUCAUUGUCAUCUUCUCUUACUUUGCUUUUGGUUCGAGUAUCCUGCGGAGGAUCCGGUUCUUCCUCUUUUCAAUCCCCGAGUACCGGCCGGCCGUGGAUACUAUUCUCGGCGACAGUCCUUAGUGGAUCUCCUCCUUUCCGCUUAGGUAAUAGCACGUAUUUGACUGCUCCCUCACACCCAGUACGUACCUCACUGUUGAUGGAUGCCUCUUCCGUCUUGUUGCGAUGCCACAAGAGAGACAGACAGACAGAAAACACAACACGCCGUCAACAUCCUUUGUUUCACUCAAACAACAUCAACAUCGCGAUGCAUCUACUCGCGCCUGAUGCACCCCCGGGAUACUGCGAAAUCGCCUGCCGAGUACCUCCCAUGCCGCCUCUCACUCCCACUCACCACGGCGAGCACUGAGAUCGGCGUGCGCCCGGGUUCUCCGCGCCGCCUCCGGGCGCCCUGUUCCCUGCAUCGGAGUCCAUGCUCCCCCCCCCUCCCCUCUCUCCCUCUGUCUCUCUGUCUCUCUGCUCGCUUCGCUUGCUUCUCCUCACUUACACACAUGCCGACAAGCUCGCACUCCUCCAAACUGCAACCCAACUCCCCCGACAAACACAGGACGCGAAUAUCACAAUUCACUUACAGCUUUUGCUCAAAAUGACAGCAACAAUCCAGACGAAGCAAACCGGCCAUCUGCACUGCCAAACUCUCGUCUAUGCCUGCCGCUUUUAGAACAUUUGGCUGUGGAUCCAAGCCCUCGAGUUUCUCGACCGAUGCGCAUGUUCAGUAGCAACGGGCGCAUCCUGACAUCGUCUUUGACGGGCCUGUUGUGCAUCUCCCGUCAGGUCUUUCAAGUCCCGAAGCUGUCAGUCGCCGUCCAUGGACCCUCUUCUUCGGCCAUAUCAUUUGAAGCGCAGCGAAAUCCUGCCCGGCGCUUCCGGCCGCCUCUGUCAACCCCGAUCCUCGACGGCGACAAGAAACUGGCAUACUCGGGCGAAUCACUUUCCCAAUUCUCCAUGCCACAACAGGCGCCCAGCCGCGGAACGAAACCCGCGCUGCAUGUUUCUCUUCCAUGCAACGCUGCAUGCACCACGACGCUGCCGCCCUUCCGCCCGCCGGAUGGUGGUCCGGACAGGUUCGCCUGCAGGAUCUGUUAAUCUGAGCAGCAAACUUUUGAGUUGAGUUGGCGUUCAAGUCGUGGUCUGUGGAAAACCCAUCGGUUCGUCCGAAUGCGUCGACUUGCGUUUUUCUCUUAGUCAAGUCAACGGUGUAGCGGCCGGCUGCUUGCCUCCCCGAACGGGUGCAAUCUCCCAAGCAUCUUGCGGGUCGUGAAACUUAUUUCUGUGACGUGGUUCCAUGUCGGUGUGCAGCAACUUGGCUGACACGGGCGAUAAACCUCCAACGCCGCCGAGCCACGGCCUGCAGCUCGAGUGUGCGAAUUCGUCCGUCAACCUGACGUGGCGUCGGAAGAGCAAACCGACUCUUGACUGGGCGACCCGACGCGGCGUCUGCUGGGGCUGGGGCUGGAACUGCGAAUCAAGUGAUUCAUUGAGCCUUGUUGGAGGAUCCUGAUUCUGUUGCUACUACACAUCCCAUUCCACAUCAAGAUGAUGACCAUGCGGGGACUUUUCUGUAGAGUCCCACGACGACUUCGCCAGAGUCAUAGCGCGGCCAGGAGCAAACAACGCCGGAGGGAGCUAUAUAGCAGCAUCCUAGGCAGAUGCAGAUUCCACCCUCGCAUGCCAUCACACAUGAUCAUUCGCACUUACACGCAUCCAGCUACUCAUAGCCGCCAGCCAGGAACAUGCCAGAUGCCAAGAAACCCACGACGGAGCGUCCUCCGGCGCCCGUCACCGACCGCCGCCCUAAGCGGGAGAUUCCCGCCGACAUCAUCGACACCAACCCUUUCUCCCUCGACAUGAGCCAAGGUAUAAUGCGCGGGGCCAUGCCGCCUUUCACCCUCGGCCGCAGCCCCCUCGCCCCUCGCCACCCCGUCGGGAUCGCCGCGGAGCUGUCGCGAGAUCGGGUUAACCAGAGGCCAGAUCACGUCCCCUUGCGCCCCGCGACGCCGACCCCCUACCGCCGGCCCCGAACCCCCGACCCCCAUCCCGAGUCGCCGCCGUCGGCCUUCCGUACGCCGGAGAGCAGCAGCAGCAGCCGCACUGUCACGCGGCUGCGGGUUGUCGAGAUGGAGACGAGCCCCGCGACGUCGGGGUUGGGGUCAGGAUCGAAGCCAAGCCUCGACACGGAAGGUGACGUGCGAAUGCGCAACGGCGUGUGGGGCAGUCCCGAGGCGGCGCGGCUUCGUCAGCGGGAGGAGGUGCGGGCAAUGGUGAUGCAGAGCGUGCACGACAACUUCGAGUUCGAGCGAGCGCGGUUCGCGGAUGAGAUCCGGACGCAGCUGCUCGCGACGGUCGCGGAGGACGUUCGGUGGCUGGUGCGGGAGAACUUUGAGGCGGCGCUGGCCGGGGCGCUGGGGAGGCCCGCGGAGGGGGAGGCUGUCGCGGUGCAGCUUGUGAGGGAGAGGCUGGGGCGGUUGAGCGACGGGGCGCUGGCGCGGGUGUUUUGUACGCCCGAGAUGCUCGAGGUGCUGAGGAGAAUGGUUUGCGCGGUGGGCUUGGAGAUGCGGACGGAGGCGUGGAGUCUGGUUGAGGCGGACGAAAGCUGGCAGGGAUGGUGAGCGAGAGAGGUGAUGGAAGUGGUGGCCAAGGUAGGUUUCAGUAGAAGGUAGCCCGCGAUAUCAGCUGAAUCAGCUGUACUAGUUUCUCCAUUCCAGAGCUCCUGGGCCGAUGUAUCGGUCGAC